GCCACCGACGGAAGCGAUCAAUAAAUGCGGACUGUUUUGUCGGCCAACGUGGCGCGGCGUAACGCUCCCGUAGCCGGGGCUCAUUCGCGAGGUGUUCGCGCGUGGAUCAUGCUUCGGUAAUUCCCGAAACUGUGCCCGCGGCUCCUCGCGACUCCGUUCGUCCGUCGGAAAACAACGACAAUGGCAUCGUUGGAGGACAGUUGGAAAGAAGCUACAGAAGGUUUGGACGCCGUGGUUUGUGACUCCUGGUUUACGCGGCUGCAGGAACUUUAUUCGGAAGAGAAACGCACGUACCAUAAUCUGGACUCACUCAGAGAGAAAUUGAAUCAUUACUACGAAAUCAAAGGCAAUCUCAAAAAUCCACGAGCCGUCCUACUUGCCAUAUUCUUUCAAAAUUUUGAAUACGAUCCUAAAGCUAUGGAUUUCAGCGAAGAUAAAAACAUCGAGCAUUUCAAUGCUUUUGCCGACGAAGCCGAAAUUCCAUCGGAUGCGGAACUUAGAGAAGAGACUUGUACUCUACUCAAAGUUACGGCGACUCAUAGCACCGAGGCGCAUAAGGUGGGUGGUGCCUUUGGCAGCGAAGAUGCUCACUACUUUCUGGACUUGGAUAUGGCGGUGCUUGGCUCAUCUCCGGAUAGUUAUGCUGAGUAUAGAGAAAAAAUACGCGGAGAGUACUCUUUCCUCAGUGAACCCAUGUAUACGGCGUUGCGGCUAAAGGUGUUGCAGAAUUUUCUGCAGAUUCCAAACAUCUUUGCCACUGUGGAGUUUCGCGAUAAGCUGGAAGAACAGGCGCGCCAGAACAUUAAAGCGGAGGUGGAGAUGCUUUCUUAGAGAAUUAUCUUGUUUUGCUUUUGUGAUGUUCGAGGAUUUGCACUUUACGCACUCGACGUUUUUGAAGACGAUCCGGCUGUCCAAGAACCUGCUUCGUUCUCGUCGAUUCGUCAAGAGCUUCGGUCGAAGAGCCGGCGAAAAAUUUUAGACGCCUACCUCACAAAAAACGUUGUCGAUUCUACAGAAACGUAAAACAAUUAUUGAAUGCGAAUCUCUUGAGACUGCAAGAAGAGUAUCAAAAUCGCGUUUGCUUUACAA